UUGAAAAACCAGUACAUUACUAGCGGAUAUUAAAUCUAGACAAGUCGACGUAGUAAAACGCUUUUAUCAAAAUAGAUUUGAAUUGUAAGUAUUCCCGCUAAUACUAAUUUUUUUUUCUCCGAUAGACGGGAUGCCAGACUCACUCUUCCGUAUUUGGAUAAACUGUCAUACAUCCUACGCCUCAUAGAAUAGUAAUGUAUUAGAGUUUAUCUAUUGUAUAAAGUAAAAAUAUUUCAGACUCACCUGUGCGGUAACAACAAAACAUAGUUAUGUCAUUUGCUCAUAGAUGUACAGAUGGAAAGUGCACAUGUUGCCUGUCCCACAGACGGCUUCCCCAACUGUUCUGAUAGUCCAUGCAUCGGUAUCCUAGCAACAUACUGCUAUUCCUUUCGAUUCACAAGUAUCUUCGGACUUAGGUAUCGCUGUACACAAAAACGUGAACUCGUGGUGAAGAAAAUGAUCGGUUUUGGUGGUUCUCCGAUUUUAGUAUUAAGUCAAAAUACACACAGGGAGAGUGGCAAGAAGGUACAGUCAGAAAAUGUGCAAGCGGCGAAGGCUGUAGCUGAUGUCAUAAGAACAUGCUUGGGUCCAAGAGCCAUGCUAAAGAUGUUGAUGGAUCCAAUGGGUGGAAUUGUGAUGACAAAUGAUGGCAAUGCAAUUCUUCGAGAAAUAACAGUACAACAUCCAGCUGCUAAAUCUAUGAUUGAAAUUAGUCGAACUCAAGAUGAAGAAGUUGGAGAUGGAACUACAUCUGUUAUUAUUUUGGGUAAAUUUAUAAUUUUUUACAGUAUUCCAGUUGAUAUGAAUAAUGAAAAACAAAUGAUUGAUAUAGUUAAAAGUUGCAUUGGAACUAAAUUCAUUGGAAAGUGGGGAGAAAUGGCUUGUAAAAUAGCUUUAGAUGCUGUGAAAACUGUUCAUAUAGAUGAAAAUGGAAGAAAAGAAAUUGAUAUUAAAAGAUAUGCAAAAGUUGAAAAGGUGCCUGGUGGAUCUAUUGAAGAAUCCUGUGUAUUAAAAGGUGUUAUGUUAAAUAAAGAUAUUACACAUCCAAAAAUGAGGAGGCGUAUUGAAAACCCAAGAAUUGUGCUUUUAGACUGUCCUUUGGAAUAUAAAAAAGGUGAAAGUCAAACAAAUAUAGAGAUAACAAAAGAGGAAGAUUUCACCAGAAUUUUAGAAUUAGAAGAACAAUAUAUUCAGCAGUUAUGUAGUGAUGUUGUUGCAUUGAAACCUGAUCUUGUCAUCACAGAAAAAGGAAUUAGUGAUUUAGCACAACAUUAUUUUAUUAAAGCAAAUAUAUCUGCUAUUCGUCGUGUUAGAAAAUCUGAUAACAAUAGAAUUGCUCGUGCUUGUGGUGCUACAAUUGUAAAUAGAACUGAUGAAUUGAAAGAAGAUGAUGUUGGAACAAAUGCAGGACUAUUUGAAAUUAAGAAGAUUGGUGAUGAGUAUUUCUGCUUUAUAACAGAAUGCAAAGAUCCAAAAGCAUGUACAAUUGUUCUCAGGGGUGCCAGCAAAGAUGUUCUGAAUGAAGUAGAGCGAAAUAUUCAGGAUGCUAUGUGUGUAACUCGAAAUGUGAUGUUGGAUCCUUACCUGGUUCCUGGUGGUGGUGCAGUUGAAAUGAGUGUGGCUCAGAUUUUGAAAGAGAAAGCUAAAACAAUUACUAGUGUUCAACAGUGGCCCUAUCAAGCAGUAGCAAGAGCAUUAGAAGUAAUACCUCGUACUCUUAUUCAAAAUUGUGGUGGACACACAAUUCGAACCUUAACUGCUCUUCGUGCAAAGCAUGCAACUCCAGGUAAUAGCAAUUGGGGUAUUAAUGGAGAAACAGGUAAAUUAGCAGACAUGACAACUCUUGGAAUAUGGGAACCUUUGGCUGUGAAACUUCAGACAUACAAAACUGCUAUCGAGACUGCGGUGUUGCUACUAAGAAUUGACGACAUAGUGUCUGGUUCUAAGAAGUAUAAAGACAAAGAUGAUGUUCCAGCUGCAGCAGCACCGACAGAAGAAUCCAUGAAGGAUUAAGAAUUUAAAUGUUUUUUUUUUAAUUAUUUACCAAACUAAAACUGCUUAAGUUUUUUUUAUACAAGGUUUCAUUAUUAAAAAUUGGCUUUCCAAUUUUAUUUGUAAGCUGUUGCAUUCCAGAAACGGUUUAAUUUAACCCAUCCGCAUUUUCUUGUAUUAACGUCUCUAUAAAAUGUGAUUGGAAUAAAUUUGAUUGAAGAAAAUGACGUCGCUUGAUUGUAGAUUCUUUCGUUUUUACCCCUUCGAAAUAACGCGUUUUAAAGGAACGAGUUAAUGGGAAAAAUAUACGAGUUUGUGCAAGGAAAAGUAGAUUCGUUUCAGCAGAAAAAUUGUAUUUCCGGGGAAGCGGCAACGACGUAACUGUAACGGUUGUAAACACGUAACAUUAUUUGAUCAACAUAAAAAUGUAAGGCCGAAUGCCGCGAAUCCCGGAUUCAGCAAAGUAGAUGCUAGCGUGGAGUCUACGUCCUAGCUGCAGUCGCUAUAGCAACGAGGUUAACGUAGUUCAAGGUUGGAAGCAUCAAACGUUGGCGGUUCUAUUCCUAUGAUCAAUCGCGUAUACGUCUAAUUCCAAUUUUACUCCGUAGUUUUAAUAGUAAAAUUCCCCGGCGCGUUGUAAUUAACGUAUGUCAUACGAUGCACUUUUUGUGUUUUUUUAUAUAGAUUUUUCCUACGUAGGAAAGAGUACGGAGCAACGUGCAGAUGUUAAAACUAUCGACCAGAUGUCUAGUCUGACCUAGACGACAAAGCUGUCUUUCGUAAUCAUUUAGGGGGCUUAUGACGUUCUAUGACGCAAGUCUUGGCAGACCAAGAAGCAGAUGCUUAUUGAUUGUCUAUCUGGUCUUUCUCUUUCGUUUGUUUAGACGUAUAAUUGUAACACGUACGGAGUUCAAUAGGUUAAAAUUAAACGGUCGUCACUCCUAUAAAAUAUAUUCGAAGCGCGCAUCUACACAAUAAACAUCGAUCGAUCAAGAUACAAACUCGUGGAGUGCAGUGAUUUAAACUAAACGUUGCAG